UUCGUUUGACAGAAGGUAUAGAAAAAGUUAGAAUGAACGGCCUCGUAGUCAAGUUAAGUAAACCAUAAGAAUCUCAUUGUUGAUGUUGUUAACCUUAAACUGGGAGUAAUUAGAGUUUGUGUUCUGCGCCUCUUUGCUGCUUAUUGCAUACCAAUUCUAAAUAUUAUGUCAAGAUGAUUGAGGUUACUGCUAACUUAAUAGGAGGCCCGGUUUACUUUACUGGAGAUAAAAUUUCUUGUCGAGUUACAUUCAGCUACGUUCACCAAACUUCGAAAUCUCAUAACAGUUAUGUUCAAACUAAAGAUUCUGGUGAAUGCAGUGAAGUUUUGGGAUGGGCAAGUGCACAAGUAGUAUGCAUUUGCAGUAUAAAUCCACAAAAAGUUUUGGUUUCGGAUUCUGUUUCCAAUCCCAGUAGGGCUACUUUUAACAGUACAUCACUCUCUCCAAGAGCUGGGGAGAGAGGUUUGGUUAUUUUUUCUACAAAACCUAAAAUCCUAGUGUGUGAUUUGAAACUGCCUGAUGACAGCUGUUCAGAAUAUAUAUACGAAGAAACAAUUCCCAGUAAUUUACCUCCAUCAUUUCGGGGCCAGGCAAUUAAGUACUCUUACAAAUUAAAAAUUGGAUUGCAGAGAGUUGGAGCAUCAGUAAAAUUGCUGCAUGUGCCUCUUAGACUGAUGACAUGGCAAAAUUUAGGAUUGCACAGCUGUCAUGAUGAGCAAGAAAUUGUUGUCUCAAACCCUUUCUUGAAAACAAAUAUAUCCAUGAAUUCAGAAUUGGAUGAUCCUUUAGAAAGCAUGCAGUUACUUACUUCUAGGAGAAGUCCUAGUAUUUACAAAGUGACAAACAGUAAAGGAAAAGUAGUAAGUCUCUGCCUUUUCAAAAAUGGAUAUAGACUUGGGGAGGAUAUUGUAGGAACAUUAGACUUUGGUGAUUCUAAGGUUUCGUGCAUGCAGUAUUCGGUCACUUUACAAAGCCAAGAACUUGUGCCUGAGGAGAAACGCUGUCGAAUUGGAGGACAACAGUCCAAGCUUGGCGAUGAAUCCGUUUUAACAUCGUACUCAAAGCACCAUGAAUUUUGUAUCGGUUUCCUUCAAACCCAUCUCUCGCUCCCUGUUCCACUGCACGUUACGCCGUCAUUCGACACGGAUAUGGUAGCUUUAAAAUGGAGACUGCAUUUUGAAUUUGUUACUGCCGUCUCUGCUUUAAAUUGGAAUGGCGAAACUGCUUGGGAGCCACCGAAAGUUACGGAUAUCGAAACAAUGGUUUGGGACUUGCCGAUUGUGAUUUAUCCAACUGCUCCAGCACAUGUUUCAAAAGCAUUGUAUGGUGCAUGUGAGGCAAAUAUACUUUUGUAGGUUGAA